AUGACACGUUUUCUUGGCCUGCGAGGCAGUCGCCUCAACUAUGUGGCAAUCCUUGGGGUGGUCAUGCCUUCAAUCAUGUCACUGGGCUAUAAUCAAGGAUUACUAGGAGGUGUUCUCACCCUACCCUGGUUCGAGUUCCAAUUUCCAGAAAUCGAUGUGACCCACGCCCAACCUUCAGAGAAACACCAUAAAUCGACGUUGCAGGGAACGGUGGUAGCGUUAUAUGCAGCAGGGGGUCUCCUAGGGGCCAUCUCCUGCAUCGGACUGGGCGAUAUGCUUGGACGACGACGAACUAUCAUAAUCGCUUCAAUUAUUCAAAUGAUCGGAGCUUUCCUCAUGGCUAGUUCUUUCAGCUUGGCCCAGCUUGUGGUAUCGCGAAUUCUCCUAGGUCUGGGAACCGGUGGUCAACUAGCCACUGUGCCUGUUUGGCAAUCGGAGAUCUCACCAGCUAGCAAGCGUGGUGCGCACGUUGGGACUACAGGUAUUUUUGCUUCUAUGGGUCUCACGCUGGCUUUACUUGUGGAUCUUGGGAUGUCGUAUGUCUCGAACAGUGCAAGCUGGCGUGUUCCAGUUGGUCUGCCUAUCAUACUUUCCCUAGCUGUGAUGAUAUCUACUUCUUAUAUGCCCGAGUCUCCCCGUUGGCUGAUCCAGCACGGGCAAAUAACUGCCGCCCGUGAGGUAUUGGCAGCCCUAAGAGACACUGAGAUGGAUAGUGAGAUUAUCGGGAAGGAAAUACUCGACGUGGAGGCCUCGCUGGCUAUUGCUGGGGAAGGGUCUCUUCGCCAGAUCUUUCACAUGGGACAUCAAAGGAUCUUUCAUCGCGCAUGUCUUGCGGCAGGUGGAUUGAUGUUGUUACAAUUGACGGGUGUCAACUCGAUCACGUUUUACAAUCCGCCAGGUACGACAAUUUUCCAAACGCACCUUCACCUCGAAACAACCACAUCCAAGAUUUUGGCGGUGAUUUACCAGUUUUCUGGUGUCUUUGGUGGCAUUGUCUGCGUGUCCACUAUAGAGCGCUUCGGUCGUCGUUGCUUGUUGUUGUCAAGUGCAACAAUCAACACAAUCUCCAUGGUCCUCGUGGCUGCGCUUAGUUCCCAGUUGACAAACAGCAUUGCUAUGCAUGCAGCCGUGGUUUUCAUGUUUAUUUUCCACUUCAGCAUGAUUAUAGGUUUUGGCGGGAUCCCGUUCCUCUACGCAUCCGAGGUAUCCCCUCUCAGUCUGCGUACCACUAUCAAUGGUAUCAGUUCUGGCACGUAUUGGGCUUUGAGUGUUUUGAUCGCCGAAGUCACACCAAUUGCUUUCAACGAUAUUGGGUGGAAAUAUUUUCUCAUCUUUGCCUGUUUCAACUUUGCGAUGAUACCGAUUGUUUAUCUAUUUUACCCGGAGACUGCAGGUCUGUCGCUGGAAGGUAUAGAUGAGGUAUUCAUUAUGUCUACGGGAUGGCUGGAUCCGGUUCGUGUGGCUAAGCAGUUGCCGGAGAAAUUAAUCGGUCGACAACCCCAGGAAGAUUCUCUUUUGGAGAAGAAAGAAAAUGGGGAGUCGAAGGCUUGA